AGUCGUACUUCCUGGAUAGAUUACACGUAGCGUCACUGCUGUGUUACAGAGCUUCAGAGUAGAAAACUAGUUACAAGCGGCGAGUUUUACAGACUUACUUUAUGCAUUUACGAUUGUUGUUCACUCGUGUUUAUUUACUUCGAUUAUAAUGAAGCCAGAGUGGCGCGUGUCGUUGUGUUUGGUCUCAUAUGUAGGCUAAGCUAUGUUAUCAAGCUAUUAUUAGCAGUCCUAGUUAGCAAGUAGGCUAACAAUUAAGUUACUUGUGUUGUUUACAUUUUUUCCAAGAUGUAUACUUUAUUAUCUGGAUUAUAUAAGUAUAUGUUCCAAAAGGAUGAAUACUGUGUUUUGAUCCUGGGACUGGAUAAUGCUGGGAAAACGACCUUUCUGGAACAAACCAAAACAAAGUUUAGUAAGAACUAUAAGGGAAUGAAUCUAUCAAAGAUCACAACCACAGUCGGUCUGAACAUUGGUACAAUUGAUGUGGGCAAGGCUCGUCUAAUGUUCUGGGAUCUGGGGGGUCAGGAGGAGCUCCAGUCUUUGUGGGACAAAUAUUAUGCUGAGUCCCAUGGAGUCAUCUAUGUGAUAGAUUCAACUGAUGAAGAGCGCCUGUCAGAAUCAAAGGAGGCCUUUGAGAAAAUGAUCAGCAGUGAGGCGUUAGAAGGUGUCCCACUACUUGUGCUUGCCAACAAGCAGGAUGUACCGAACUGUUUGUCAGUGCCGGACAUUAAAACAGCCUUCAGUGACUCUGCCCCGAAGAUUGGCAAGAGGGAUUGUUUAGUCCAGCCUUGUACUGCACUCACAGGGGAUGGAGUGAACGAAGGCAUUGAGUGGAUGGUGAAGUGUGUGGUCAGAAACAUUCACAGGCCACCCAGACAGAAGGACAUCACGUAAGGUAUCAUCAGCACUCUUCACACUUCGUAUGGACUGAGUUUCUCCUCGAGGAUACUCUUUGUAAACCUGGAGCUGACAACUCUCCUCUCUUUGCUGUUACUCUGGAACCGUUUGGAUUUCUGUCUCUAGGAGUUCAUUACAGACGGCGUGUCAUGGUAUUUUUUUAAUCACCAAGCAUCAUUUCAGAUGUGCUUUGAAUGGACUUCUGUGUGUUCCGCUUGUUACACCCUUUGAAGCGGUGUUAUAAUUUCUUCUUCUUCAUGUGUGAGCAGCUGCCUCAGUCUCCGGUGCAGGCUGGAGCUUCACUACUGUCACCUUGCACUGUGAUCACAAGAGCACAGAAACAUCAGUUCUCACAUAAAAUAUGCAAAACUACAAUAGGGUGGUCCAGUGUUUGUUCACAGUACGCAUUAACUGAACAAUGUUUAGCUUACUUUUUAAAAGUUGAGUUGAAAUGAGAAUUGUCCUUCUUUCUGUGUAAGGAAAUAUCACCCAACAAUGAUACUGCAUCUAUUGUAUACUUUUUUUUAAAAAGAAGAUUUGAACAUAUUGUUUGGAAACCCUCGACAGCUUUGAGCGACGACAAAGAACGGGAUUUGUUAGGCACAUGCUGGUACUUCCUAGUUUGUUCGGUUUGUAUUCCAUUCGGGAAGUGGAAGCUAGUUAGCCUAGCUUGCUACCAUUAGCACUGAUUCCCACCUGCACACUGAGCGCUAUGUUCAUCCCACAUCAGACAAAGGACGAGAUCUUGACCAUCGUAAGUUAGGAGCACAGAUAUCAGAUAGUACAAAGCAAAUGUGAACAACAUGAAACCCCAACUGGUUAAGUGCCUGUGUGGCAGGUGAAAUUGAAGUAAUACAACAAACUGUUGUCUGGGCGGACGCUAAAUAUAGUGUCGCACCAGUCAACUGACAUCAGAGUCAUCCCCCAUGAAGAAUGGCACUGUAACUGCAAAAGGAUAAAUGAAACAAAUUUCCUCCUUUUUAGUAAUAAGUUAACAAUUUUGUGCACUUAUCAGUCACCAAGGACAUAAAUACAGUUUUAUUUGCAAAAGUUUAUUUUAAUUUCAGUUCAACUUUUAGGUUUGAACUCUCUUACUUUACUUGCUGUUGACACAUUUUUAGCUCUUAACAAACUUUUCUUGUAAUAUCAUUCAUCAUGUUUUUGGCUUCAGAAAUCUAUCAUAAGACAAAUACAUGAUGGAUAAAUGAGGAACUUUUCAAAAGUUAGAGACAUUUCUCACAACUUUUACCUUAAAGAGUUUUCCUGCGGCAGUUGUGUAACAUUGAGAGUCCAUAUCCUAAUAAUGUGAGCUAAAAUUGAGAAUAAAUACUCUACUAAUAGUUUUGUGUACUUUACAGUGUUAAAAAGAAUUUUUUGCAUUCUUUUGAUCAUGGCAAAGGACAACUCAAUGGGGCUCCAGAGAGACUGUGGUACAGCAGCCCAAACAGCACAGAGUCUUACAGACUUGUGUGAGUGGUACACAUACAGUUCAACAGCCACCUAACUGUUGUUUUUUAGGUUUCUUUGUUACCUGUAUAUCAUUUGACCUCUAUAAAACAUUCAUAGUGUGAUUAAAACUAAAUCUUGACUUUGGAAAUGAUAAUGUUAAUAAUUAGCAGAUUCACUAAAGAUGGUUGUUGCUGAGCACCCUGGGGAAUUUUGCUGACAUCUGCUGCCAGCAGUUUAACUUGAAAUGUAUGAAGCGGUUAAAGAAAAUGAAGGUGAUGUCCUCUGUAAGUCACAUAUAUAGUAGAUGAUGAUCAUAAUAAAUUUGUGAUUCAAGAAAA